AUGGACCUCCAGGAUACCAGGGGGAAAAGGGACUACUUGGUAUUGACGGAAAACGAGGAAGAGACGGACAGGUACCUUAACUGGCUCUCCUCCUCUCAAAACUCCGCAAACAUCACUUUGCAGAUGGGACAACCAGGUGCACAAGGUCCUCCUGGUGACAGCUAUCCGGGAGAGCCAGGUGUAGGUGGGGCUAAAGGAGAAAUGGGAGAUGUUGGAUACCCUGGAUUACCCGGUCCUAUGGGUCCUCCUGGUCCGGCUGCUCCUCAGCAGUUCUUCCAAGGAGAAGAUGGAAAGCCUGGUGUUGAUGGACUACCUGGUCUGCCAGGAGAACGUGGAGCAGAUGGACUGCCAGGUUUACCAGGACAGGUUACUGAUUCCUUUUAUAGAAAAUCUUAA